CCUUGCGGGAAUGCCGCGUUGUUUACACGGAGCGGCAGCGAGCGGAUGAGGGGGGCCUUCUGACUGGAAUCACGUCUCCACUGACUCCACGGCACCGCCAGGCUCUGUGGGGGGAAGAGAAAACUUUUUGUAGGACAGGCAAAGUGCCCCGCAAGAACAGAGGCCCGCCGAGUUCACUGGUUUGUUGCGACCUUGGACAGAAACGGGGAAAGUCACAACAAAGACGAGCGCCAUAAUAACCAUCGGAGGAAACUUAACGUGAGGGAGGAAUAGCUUAGCAACCGAGUCCCACUUCCUGAGGUGUACAGGAUCAAGCUCCUAACACCAUGGAUAUGGAUAAGCACCCACAAGGACAGCAAGCAGGCGUGCCAGUAUUUCUAACUCAGAAACCGCUGCAGCCAGAUAUGGGCUAUAACUCAUUGGCCAACUUCCAGAUUGAGAAGAAGAUUGGACGCGGUCAGUUCAGCGAGGUGUACCGAGCGAGGUAUCUGUUAGACAACACGUCGGUGGCCUUAAAGAAAAUCCAGAUAUUCGACUUGAUGGAUGCCAAAGCUCGGCAAGAUUGCAUCAAAGAGAUAGAUCUCCUUAAGCAAUUGAAUCAUCCCAAUGUGAUAAAGUAUCACGCAUCUUUUAUUGAGGACAAUGAGCUGAACAUAGUUUUGGAGUUAGCUGAUGCUGGGGAUCUGUCGCGUAUGAUCAAGCACUUUAAGAGGAGCAAGAGGCUCAUCCCAGAGAAAACGGUGUGGAAGUACUUCGUCCAGCUCUGCAGUGCGCUUGAACACAUGCACUCCCGAAGAGUCAUGCACAGAGAUAUCAAGCCAGCCAAUGUGUUCAUCACAGCUACUGGUGUGGUUAAACUGGGAGACUUGGGACUGGGAAGAUUUUUCAGCUCCAAAACAACUGCUGCUCACUCUCUUGUGGGUACCCCUUACUACAUGUCACCAGAGAGGAUACAUGAAAACGGCUACAACUUCAAAUCUGACAUCUGGUCGCUAGGAUGCCUCCUCUACGAGAUGGCAGCCUUACAGAGUCCUUUCUAUGGGGAUAAGAUGAACCUCUACUCGCUUUGCAAGAAGAUAGAACAGUGUGACUACCCCCCUCUUCCUGCAGAUCACUACACGGAACAGCUGAGGAACCUGGUAGAUAUGUGCAUCAACCCCGACCCAGAGAAGAGGCCGGACAUCGCUUACGUGUACGGCAUCGCCAAACACAUGCAGAGCAUCACACAGAGCGUCACACAGAGCUGCUAAGCCCGGAGUCGCACACUAUACCCGGCAGAACUCCUCCACUCAUCCACUCCUGCCUUUCAUGUUGGACUCCAAACACAACUUUUGCCCUUUACAAAAAAAAAAAAACUUCCUCCAGAGUUUAGCUCCUGGUGAUACCUGGUACAUGAAGCAGAUUUAUUACCGCCAGGGUAAAGUUUAUGAAACAGACCCGAGUCAGUGAUCUAGAUGUUUUUCUCUCAGCAGGUAAAUUUCGAAUUUUAGGAUUUGAAUUUCAACUUUUCUUUUGUUAAGGUUGAAAAAUUGUCUCAGCUUGCGUUUGCUGGCAUCCAUCCUGCAGCUGUAACUAUCAUUUACCUCAGUCAGUGACAUUUUCAGACCCUUUCAACAACUUCUCAUGUGUUUUCAGUGGUUUGCAACGUUUUGAACAGUAUUGCAUCGUAAAACAAAAAUAAUGUUCCCCUAUGCAGGCUGUACAUAUCAGUGCUCCCAGAUUAUAGUUUGUGCUGGGCACAUGUUCCCAUACUCCUUUCCACUUGUCACAUUACAACCACAAACUUUUGGGUAUUUCACUAUAACUUUAUAUGACAAAGAAACACAACUAGUGUAUAUUAAGUGAAAGGAAACAGUUCCACAGUUGAUUUAACAAUUAUGACUUACUUUACGUUGGUCUGUUGCACAAAAUCCCAAAAAGAUGCACCAAAGCAGGGGUGUCCAAGGUGUGGCACAAAGUGAUUUAUUUGCGGCCCUCAAUCGUAAUACAAAAAUGGCACAAAUUAGAUUUUCCAUCACUAAAAUGUACAAAAUUCGAAGCUUAUGAAUACUUUUGCAAGGCCCUAUAAAUAUCAUAAUAAGCCCAGAAAGAUGAGAGUUAGGACAAGCCCAACUAAAGGUCAUUAUGUUCUCUGCAAGAACAAGUAACAAGUAAAAGGUUCUGCCCAGCUGAUGUGUCAAAAACGUAACUCCAGAGGUCACAUCCUGGAAGGAAAGGUCGCCAGUCCAUCGCAGGGCAACACAGACACACGGUGGACAAACAACCACACACACACACUCAUUUCUAGGGACAAUUUAGAGACCGAUUAGCCUAACAGUUAUGUUUUUGGACUGUGGGAGGAUCCCAGAAAACCCUGAGAGAAGCAAGACUUUCCUGGGGAGAAAAUACAAAUUGAUGCAUAAAGACCGCAGACUGGGAUUCAGAACCUUCUUUCUGCAAGGUAUUUGCAUCGCUGUGGAGCCAAGUGUCCAAAAAAAAAAGAAGCUACUAGAACUCCCAAACCAUGUCUCUGUUCUUGCAGACCGAACCCUUUAAGCUCAUAAAACCAAUUAUGGAAAAUAUAUUUUUCUUUUUUUUCUUUUUUUUAGAAAAUGUGCUAAGUGGAGAAGGUCAACACUUAGUUAGAAAAUAGAUACUUUGCAAAAAAAAAAAGAAAAGAAAAGCCGUAUUAGCUUUAAAUGUGUAAAGAAAUUCAGACAAGGCUUUACUGCACGGUGGAAAAAAACUGAGAAACUUAAAAUUCUGGUGGAGAUUUGUUUUCACUGAGUGACAGCAGCAAAUCUGAAACAAAGCAGAGCAAUUGAUGGUUGAGAUGUUGUUGUGUUGCACUUUUUUUACCCUGGCAAAGCAAGGCUGGCAGGGUUAUGUCAAAUGAAUGUAUUAGAAAAGGAAGAAUCAUUUACAGGAUAGACUAGAGACGUGCUUGGGGGAGAACACGGGCAAAUGUCUCCACAACACUUUGAAUGUUAGUCAUUUUGACACCUUUGUGUUGUCUGAAAACUUCACAAUGUCUCUUUUGACAGCCCCCAUAGUCGCUGAAGCUGUAACAAAAGCAGUUUUAUAUCUGCUGUUUACCCUUCCCGUGACACCAUGUUUUCUUCUUAGCUCAGCUCCAGCGAGGUACAAAGUGUCACGUUGUUCUGGGUCUGUAAAAGUCACAAAGAAAACAUUAAGAACAUGAAAUAAAGCCCCGUCCUUCCUAAAGGGUCCAGCAGCCAUUUCUGACUCUCCAUACAGGUGGUCAAGUUUACGACAGCCUCGUUAGUAUUGCAGCGUUUUUCUCCCUUAUGCUAUAAAUAAGAGAUCGCUGUCAAGCCGUCCGUGUUAGGAAGACGCCGCAGUAUGCCUAAAUUGUGUUCUCAUCAAAGUAUCAGACAAAUCUCAAACAUUAUCAUCGAUCUACAUGAAAGUAUAUUUUAUCGACCAUAUAAACACCCCUGUUUAAAGGAAAAAGCCAUGAUGGGAUGUUUACUCUUCAUACCAAAGACAGACUGGGUUCUUGGGAUGGAUUACUGGUUACUAUGUGUAUUUUUCCAGUUUCAUGGUUUACACCAGUGUUUCAUAAAAAGCUAGCACUGUAACUGGUUUACUUUUCAAUAAUGGAACCGUUCUGAAGGUAAAUCUAUAGUGAUUAAUACUAUUUUAGUGUGUAAUAAACCCUCUCAUAACGUUAUUAAACCCCUGUUUCCUUAACAUCCAAAGCAUCAUGUGUGUCUUAUAUACAGAAUCAAAACUUACAUGUGCAAGAAGAGAAACGCUAGUUAACAAAUAUGUCAAUAAUGUGUUUAUAGUUACAGAGAUUUACAGCAAAUACAGUGUUUGCUAGUUGUGUUUUGCAAGUAUAUAUAUUCCUUUGGAUUUAGGCUCUUUUCUAUGACUUUUUUAUUAUAAAACCAUUUCUUCCCCUCAGCUACAGCCUGUAUAAUGCUCUAUUAAAGAGUAUCCAGAUAGCACCAAAAUAAUUCAGUAUUCGUUAGUAUUGGUUUGGGACUUGUUGCUUUGAUGUUUGAAAUGUUGGUUUUGGUGGGGUUUUUCUGUUUUAAUUUGGCAAAUCCACAUUGAAGCUAAAGUACUAAAGCUGACACUGCAGCGCCUUCAGGAGGCAGGCCUUAAUAUUUCCUUUGUGAAUAAUUAAUUAAAGCAUUUUACUGUAUGUAAAUUCACAUAAAGUGCAUUUACUUUGAAAUAUGAAGCAUAUUAUACAUAGGAAACGGAUCUAUAUCUGUGCAGACAUUACCUACAAAGGUGGAGUUUUCUUCUCUUUCCAAAGAAGAUGAAAUUCUGAGUUGCUUUAAGGAUUUUUGGUAUUCUUGGUAUUUUUAUUUGUAACUGUUGCCUGACUGUGCCUUUUUAGCUUUCGUCCGUUUUCUCCUGCAUGCCCACUGAAGUUGCUUUUGAAGAGUCCAUAAAGUAAAAAUAAAGACGUUGGUGGUAUUUAUUGUCUUGGUAGCUUUAGUUGCUUUGUCAGCCUUUCAUGACGAAUGAAAUUCACAUAUCACAAAUGCAAUGUAUGCAAAUUAAAAAUGAAUAAAACUUUUAACAUUUUUGUGGACAUUGAA